ACGUGCGCAAUAUAAGACUUCGAUAUUAUAUUAUUAUUGAAGCAUUACUUGUCAACAAGCCAUUCAACCCUUAGUCCGGUUCCACAGUGGCUACGACUCAUGGCAGAGCCUGUGUUUCACCCAUGCAUCUUACCCGGUUAGCCAGAAGCCGCUACCGUGAGCCACAGCCACUCAGAAAAGGUGCGCAAAGAUCACUGAGUUCAUGGACCGUGCAACCAGCGAACGAAGCAAUGCUCUAUAGCAAAUUAAUGUGUGGUCUUUAGUUCUGUGUAGGGAUAUGGAGGUAGGGACAACAGCUUCUGCAAAUCUUACAGCACAUCACCACAUGUAACGUUUGGGUGCAACUGAAGGCACCUUCAAGACGAAUUCGGGAACUUGAAGACAAAUAAACUUAAAAUGUUCAUCUCGGCAGCCAUUGGAGGCGACGUUGCGACCAACAGUCUCUUUCAGAUAACUGGCACUUCUAUUAUACUUGGUGCAACAGUGGUCGUUCUGGUAGUUUUGCUCGUUGUGUGUAUUGGUGGAGGAAAUCACCGUGGAGAAAAUCCGCCCCCGUCGCCACCGGCUCAUUUCCUCUUGGGGCAUUUAAAUAUUAUGUCAUCUUCACCCCCGCCACCGUGGGUAACUCUAGACAAGAUUGGGAAGGAGUAUGGUGACGUCAUGUCUUUGAAGGUCGGCCAUUGGGCCAUAAUGCUGAAUACGUUUGCCGCCAUCAAGGAUGCGGCAUUGAACUACGCCAAAGAGAUGGGUUCUAGACCGGUCAAUUACUCAUCAAACAUGUUAAACGAGAACGGCAAAGACAUAUCACUUGGAUCAUAUAGUCCAGACUGGGUGCUACUGCGUGAGUUGGGAAUACGAAAUCUCAGAGACUUUACAGCCAAUAAAAAGAUCGAGAAAAUAGCUCACGUUGUCUUCAAAAAGCUGGAGGAAGAUUUGGACCAACGAGAAGGGAAACCAGUGAAUAUUAAAGAUAUAAUGAUACCAGCAGUCGCCGGUGUCCUGAGCCAUCUCUGCUUUGGUUUUGAGGCCGAUGCAUCGGUACACGAACGCGUCAGUAAGCUGAUGGGUGGUGACCUGUACACCUACAUCGUUGGACCCAGAAACAAGGCUGACGUCAUACCUUGCUUACGUCACAUUCCGAGUAGUGGCAUCCGGUUCAUAAAAAAUACAACAAGUGACCUAAAUGGACUUCUGAGGUCAGAGUUCAAGCGACACAAAGAGAGUCUUGACCCAGAAAAUCUCCGUGAUUUGAUGGACGGUGUUAUAAAUGCUCGCAAUCUGGGCCAAAAAGCUGAUCCUGAGAAAUACAAGUUCAUGACCGACACACACGUCUACCAAGUAAUAUCUAACUAUCUCGGCGGAACCACCGCGGGUUUCAUAGUGGCAUCGCUAUGGUCUCUUACUCUCAUGGUAGCAAAUCCAGAGAAACAGGAAAAGAUCGCCUCCGAAGUUACGAGUGUCGUUGGCGAGGACCGAAAGCCUGGUCUAGAUGACCGAGACUCGCUGGUGUACGUCAGGGCAGCUAUUGAAGAGAUUCUACGGUACGCCUGUAUUGCCCCGCUCUCGGUGCCUCACAAAACCACACAGGAUAUCACGUUUCGUGGUUAUAGCGUACCAAAAGACACUUCAGUUUUAGCCAACUUUUAUGGUUUGCACUUCAAUGAGGAGUUUUGGCCAGCACCAUUCGAAUACAAACCAGAGCGGUUUAUUGACGAAGGGGGGAACUUCCAAAGCAAAGCGCACAUGUUUCCCUUCGGUUACGGCGUUCGUGCAUGCCCCGCCCAGCCCGAGGCAAGACAACUUGUUUAUCUCAUUCUAUCAUGGCUCACACAUCGCUACGCCAUCACCCGGGUACCAGGCGAGGAGCAAAAGGAUAUUCUUCAACAAGACCCACAGGUUCAAGUUGCACGGGCACCAGCGCCGUUUGAUGUCAUACUUCAAAGACGAUUUUAAAGGAGUUGUGGGCGCGGCUCAGGCUAUAGCUUGGCUCGCGGUUGUUUUGACAAUAUUGUGCGUGCUUUGCGGAGCCUGAAGCCAAAUCCAAAGCCGAAGCCGUGGUUUCGAAAAGGACCUAGAACUCGCUCGGAAUAAUAAGUCACGUGGUAACUGUUUUCAUUAUUAUGGUGAUGGCAUUAGGUGGGAUUUUUUUUUUCAUAGGUGUUUUGUGUUUGUUUUGUUUUUUGAAAAAUAAAGUGAGCAAUAAUGGACAGACAUAGAAUUUAAAUGUUUGGUUUUCCCGCCCAAUUUCAGCACCGAAUGCCACUCAUUUAAACACUUGGUUCAUUCAAAGAAGAACGUUAAAAUUGUUUUUAAAAUAAUGACUGAAACGAAUUUGAAUAAGAAAAACGAAAUCAAAUGUGCACGAAAACAAGACUGAGUACUAGCAUACCUAAAAUAGAAAUUAAGCUUACUGAAAUUUGCCAGGAAAACCAAAACGACUUAAGUUAACAAGUUAACAUUUUGUACUCCGAUUAAAAAAUGUAAAUAAUACUGGCCUAAUUAUGUUUAGGGUUAUAAGAAUAACUACAUUUAUUAUACUUCUAGUUUACGACUGUAGUUUUUUUUUUUAAUAUGCUCCACACCACAGGCCAGGCUUCAGAACAUCCGUUGGGCCAAUGUUUUAGGCUUAAAGGCAAUGGACACCAUUGGUAAUAUUGUCAAGGACCAUUUAUUCUCACUUAAUAGCAAAUCUGUGAUAAUUUUGAUUCAAAUUGGUCAACGAAGUUUGCAAGAAAAUAGUUUGUUUGAUUUCAGAUGCCUAUAAAAGGCUUCAGGCCUGAAGUCUUUUGAUAUUUCCAGUGAGAAAUUACCUUGUUCUCAAUCAAUACGUAACUUCUGAGGGAGUUGUUUCUCGCAAUGGUUUACCAAGUAAGUUUUUACGCUAACGAGUAUUUUGAGUAUGUUACCAUUAUUAGAGUCCAGUGCCUUUAAUUAUCCUUCGAAUGACAAGUGACACAAUUGAAGAGGAAAUUACUUGAUAGCUGGAACUACAAUAGAAAACGUGAAGUCAACAAGCUACAAUGCAACAGGAAAUUAAAAAGAUAAAAACAACACAGUUCCUUGCCUAUAGGAAGUUAGAUAUAUAGCCCAAGAUUCGGUUUCAUUAUAGGCUUAGAAUAUAAGUUAUAUAUAAUCUAACACAGUAAUAUUAUAUAACUUUAUAACAUAUAUUAUGUAAUAACCCUUUCACCAUUGACGAAUAUUUCGUCUGCCCAGAACUAAACUGGCAAUAUCAUAAUAAAUUUUGGAAUUCAAACGGUCAAAAAAUGAAAAUGCAUACAUUAUGUUUAAAACAAAAAUAUCAAAGUCAACAAAAAGAAUGUUUGACUUAGAAAAUGAAUGUUUCUUUUUGCCAAACCCUUGAAGACCACUAUUAAUAAAUAAACCCCAAUAACCAGGAGCUCUAAUUAAUAUGCAAAAGGAAUUUGCAAACCCUUUACAAGAUUGCUUAUGACCUUGUAGUUUUGAGCAGACGGCUUGAUUAUUUCCGGUAGUGAUUUUGACAUAACUUUAGUUUGUUCAGCCUGCGUUAUUUCCAGGCAGGAAGAGCGUUAUACGACAGAGGGGAAUACUUUCCCCGAGGAUAACUGAAAUUUGACAAAGUUUGACAUGGGGCGCCUCGGUUUUUUUUCUUUUCUUGUUGUGCCCGGGUUGGUUUUUGAGACCCGGGUUUUGGUCCGACUUAUUUUAACCAAUUUCUGAUAUGAUAAACAUUCAAUUUUUGUAUUGAUGAUUUAUUUUUAUGUUCGGCACAUGAGGGUAUAUGGUGCUAUCCCUUUUAUUGUGUCUUCAUUACAUUAUUUACUUGGACCUCAGGAAUUCUUUUUAGUAAUUAUUAUUAUUAUUUUGGGGGGAGGGGGGGGGCGAGGUUACCUCUGUACAAAAGGAAAAUAAUAUUUUAAAGUAUGGUAACAUAUAAGAGAUAGUGACGAUGCCCUCCUCUCCCGUAUCGUGCCUAAAGUAAAGUACGACUGAGACUGAACAAAUGACGACGGAGGCAACUUAAGCCCCACCUUUAUUUGGGGACUAAAGUUUCCCAGUCCGAUUUUGCAUUUUCUUGUUUGUUUCCAUGUUUCAUAUUAUGGUUUAAAAAUAUUGUUUAUUUUGGUAAACACAAAUAACAAGUUAUAGCGCUUAGAAAUGA